AUGCGUGGACGAAAGUCUAGACGUGUGCCCAAACGGGACCGCAGGCCAGCGACGAUGAAUCCACCUGCGAUUCAAGCUGCACCUUUGACGCUCAAUGAAAAUGCAAACUCAGAACCACGUAUUGUGACUGCGACACGUCGCAAAGAUUCACAUACUCGAUUUGAUGCUCAUCUCAGAAAGUCGUCUUCAGAUUCAGCCUUGCGUUCUCAGACUGCUGAACACUUUUUUGUCCCAUCUGCUUCUUCCAUUUCUUCAAUCCCACCUACGCUUCCCAAGCCUUCAACCCCAUCAUCUUUUGUCUCUCCCCUUCCUCACUAUUCCUCUUCCACCAUUCAUCCUCCCACCCCUCUUGACUUAGUUCCUGUGAUCGAACUCAAUCCUUUCGACUGCUUGAUUCAAGCCUAUUCGUCGGUCACCUUUCAGCCUCGUUACUGGCAGUACCAUUCUCAGGUUCCACCUCAAGUCUCUCAACACGCUGUGGACGUUGCUCCUCAGUUCUUUGCCAGUAAGUACCCUCUUUCUCACUCUUGCCAUGAUCGGUCGACCACCUUUGACCACCACCAUCAAGGCUCAGCAGACCUCACUAAUAAUAACCUCAUUACAGCAACCGUCUUUGAGCCAGGAUUUUUUCCAGCCAACAACAGCAACAUGCCUUACCCGUUUGAGCUGGCAGGGACCACCAACUAUAGAGACUUCGAGAGUUUCGAGAGCUAUUCCAUCGAGGAUCUCUUGCAGCAAGCUUCAAUUCCAUUUGGUAGUGCUACUCAUAUGCAAGUGCCAGCUCGCAAUGGUGUUUUGAUGAUUUCUAACAUUCCGUACACGGUGACUCGUCAGGAGGUAGCCUCGUUCCUUGGACGCAGUGCCAACCUGCUCCCAUCCUCUGAAGGAUGUCCAAUUCAUAUCAUCAUGGAACGGUCCACUGGUAAGACUAUGGACUGCUUCGUUGAAUUUCCAAGCAAGAAAGACGCAGAAGAUACUGUCCAGCGGAUCAAUCGCGCCUAUGAUGCUGGCAGCGCCCCACGUAUGGGCAGCCGCCAUAUUGACAUCGAGAUGAGCACCCCGGCCAAGCUGCUCAAGGCUAUUUUCCCCCGGGCAAAGUGCAUUUCCUGGGAUGACGGAAAUCCUGUCCAACUCCCCAAUCAAGAUGAUUGGUCCACUGGUUUUGAUGGUUUCCUCACGGAUGAAGAACUGUUUUGCGUCACUCGCCAUGCUGAACAGCCUCACCGCAGCGUAUUUGCCAGUAAAGUCCCCCAGCGAUGCUACGAAUCACUCAUCACUACUAUCUGGAAGUUCCCGUGGCAUGCAACUCAUCUGUACACUGUCCACCACCGAAAUGCGCUUUUCAAGACUCUUGGUGUCUUGAUCAGGGCUCUGGUCGAACGCAUGCAAAAGACAAACACAGUUGGUCUGGACAUCCGCCUUCUCAACGAGCUGGUGCACGCAGGACUUUGCUGCCCUGGUUUCAAUCCUCGCAUGAAAUACUGUUUUGCCUGGUGGUCGCAAGAUCCAAGAGGAAUUGAAUCAUUGGACCACGAUUGGUGCCUUUAUUUCCCAUUCGACACAUUGACCUAUCUUCCUGGACAUGCCCCUACAGCCCUUCAGUUCUACGCCUACAUCAUGUCCCACGGUGUUGUUCUGCGCACUGAUUUUGAUGGGUUGAUCAACAAGCACACCCACCCUGAGAUCGAGCGAAUCUUCGGACGGUUCUGGUUUGAGUGGCACGAUCAUGUCGCGCGUGAGACAAUCUACGAAAAUGCAAUCAACUACGAAGCAGGCGUCCUCCGGAAAUUCAUCAUUACUGGAUUCCAGCAUCUGCAUAAGAGAAACUCCAGCAUCUCGACCAUUGGCACUGCUCCUGCCUCGCCAACCCACAGUCUCACUUCGAAUGAUAGUGAGCGUACUAUCUCGGCAUCUCGCACUGGCUCGGUGAACCCCAGCAUUGCCACGCAGGAAGCCUCGACCUUCUCAGCCCCCCGUGAUAUGGCCCGCAGCGUCGAAGAUGGUAACAACCGAAAUGUCCCUGUUAACACUCGUGGUAACUCUCAGCCUCUUGUAUCUGACCAAUAUCUGCCGGAUACCCCCACUCGCCGAGUUCCUCCAUCGGUCCGUCCCUACCGUCCCCCCCACCAGCGCAAUGUCUCCGAGCGCACCCGCAAUUGGCGCAUGCCCCAAAUCCAGGAGGCACCUGUCGCCGGCCCAUCCCAGAGCCAGGACCAAAUCCGUCCUACCUAUCGCGCUCCACAUGCGACCGCUCACAACGUUCGGUCAUCCUCUGACCCCUUCGCCCCCGCUCCUUCGGCUGGCCCUACCAGCCAUCGAUCCCGCUCCGACGCCGCCCGCCUGUCGAACUUCAACCGUCGGGUGUUCGACGAAUGGCUCGCUGCUGGACGUGGCAAGCCCGCCAAGAAGUAA